UCACUGACUCUACUCUGCCAUAAAUAAAGGGGGACCCGUCACAUCUCCCAUCAUAAAACCAAGUUCGCGUUGCGAAGAGCUACAGAAGGAGCUAUAAACCAAAGCAACCAAAGGGAAUUUUAUUUUUUUAGGAUCCACUGGAGUUCUAUACUCAGGAGGAAGAGACUGGACACACUAACAUAUCGUAGGCUACUUUCUUAUCAAGUGAAGUAUUAAGAAGCGCUCGUGCUCAACGUAGCCAGUUGUGAAGCCAUGACUUUGAACAAAGGCGACAAGUUGCGGAACAUGGACAAAAGGAGAGGGAGCACGCCGUUUCCCAUGCACCUUCAGACUCUGCACCGCAGGAGCAUGCCGGUGGACGACCGCGAGCUGCGCUCCUCCAUGCCCCCGGUGCUGGCGGGCGAGCUGACCAACCUCACGCGCUGCACGUCCUACAGUCCCGGCGAGCAGCACCGUGACAGCUGCGUGUCCGAUUCCUCCGACUCGGUCAUCUCCUCCGGUAGUGACUCCGACGGACAGAUCUACAAGGUCGUACUUUUGGGAGAGCACGGCGUGGGGAAGUCCACUCUCGCGCGGAUAUUCGGCGGAGUGGAGGACACUCACGAUUACGAGGACGCAGGAAAUACAUAUGACAGAUCUAUCAUUGUCGAUGAAGAAGAAGCAAAUAUCUUAUUAUAUGACGUGUGGGAACAGGACAACAGCCAAUGGCUGAAGGAUCAGUGUAUGCGUAUGGGUGAUGCCUACAUCAUCGUCUAUUCUGUGACAGACAAGUCAAGUUUUGAGAAGGCAUCAGAACUCCGCAUACAGCUCCGCCGGGCACGACAGUCAGAGAACAUCCCCAUCAUCCUUGUGGGAAACAAGACUGACUUAGUACGCUCCAGAGAAGUGUCUGUAGAUGAGGGCAGUGCAUGUGCCGUCGUGUUUGACUGCAAGUUCAUUGAGACCUCUGCAUCACUACAUCACAAUGUCCGCACUCUGUUUGAGGGCAUCGUGCGGCAGAUCCGCCUGCGCAGGGACAGCAAGGAGGAGAACGCACGGCGCAUGGCUAACUGCAAACGCCGUGAGAGCAUCAGCAAGAAGGCCAAGCGCUUUCUGGGUCGCAUGGUCGCACGCAAGAACAAGAAGAUGGCCUUCAGGCAGAAGUCCAAAUCCUGCCACGACCUUUCAGUGCUCUGAGCGCGAUGGACUUGUAGAGCCACUAAGACCAGAAGCUGUGUGUGUUUUUUGACACUAACUCAAGGACUAGACAACUGUACAGAAAUAUCUUUACAUAUUUUCUAUUGUAAAACAGAAACCAACAAUAGUCAGUGCUAUAGACUUGCAUGAGGCUUUUUUAGGUUAAAUAUUUUAUUUCAUAUUUUAUGUUCUUUUUUUGCCUUAAAGUUGUUGAGUGGUCAAAUUCUGGCAGUGCAAGUAGAAAUCAAGGUCUCAAAGCCAUUUCAUUGUGAACUGAGAACUUUGGACAUGCCUUCUCAAGAGAAGAGUUUGUGAAUACAGUAGCAAUUGUACUGAUUUGUACAGCUCCCAAAGGUGGGAUACACUUUCUCAUGUACAUGUCUAAAAGAUGAGCACAAUUCAUUUUCCUCACUGAUAUGAGAAAUGGAAUCAUAUUUACUUGAAUCUGAGUGCGCAGGUACGUACUUCAGCACUUCAGAAACACAGGAUGGGGUUUAGGGGAGGGACUCUGGACUGAGAAAUUUCACACAUUUAAUCAUCAAAAUAUUAUUUAAGUGCAAGGUGUAAUUGAAUAUCGUAGAAGCAAUAAAUUAUGUGUUGUUUUUCAAAAUGUUUGUUCUGCACCUCCAUUUAAUAUUAUUCAAUUGUUAAUUUUAUUACGUUUACACCGAUUUUAUAAUAAAAAGAGUUAAUUUAAUGAGCAACAUCCUUGUUUACUGCUCACACACACACACACACACACACACACACACACACACACACACACACACACACAAACAAAAACACAAUUUCCUCAGGAAGCUCAGUUGCAUUUAAUGUAUUCCCUCAUCCAUAUGUAGGUGUGGAAUUAUUCAGAGACUUGUAGACCAGGAGUAUCAUUAAAGGAAACGAGGCAGUUAAGAGCUUUUGCAUGAAAUUAAAGGAGUUAAACAUUAAUUCUCUGAGAGUAGACAAAGGUCCCUCACACUUCAGAGACAUUCUGUCUUUGUUGAGGACCAGAGGAGACACUAAUCUAUUUUUACAAGGUAUGUUUUUCUAAAAUUCAUUUGAAAUAUGAAGGAUAUAUUUGCAAUAACAGGUCUACAAUACCCUAUGCACAAUUAGGAAAGUAAACUGCACAGUGUAAACUCCGCACUGUAAAUGUGGCUGGUGUUACUUUUAGCACUUAAUCUGAAGUUCUUUCUUAGGCAUGUUAGCCAUCACAGCAUUUUCGAUUGCUAUUCUGUCAAAUAAAUCAAAUAGAUUCACUUUAGUCAAAAUUCCCAUCAAUGAUCUCUAUACUGUGCUGAAGUGUAUAACAGUUGCACAGGAUUUAAAAUGCACCCAAAUGAAAAUAGCCUGCAGUUUAGUAAAAUCCUGCCGAACGAUGAAAUGUGACUGUUUUGUGUAGCAGACUAUAAAUCGCGGUGUGUUCAAUGAAUGACAUGUCUUCAUGGAUCAAAACACUGAACGUAGGUCUUUUUUCUUUUGUUUUACUAUAUGUGUUUAGUCGCAUAAUGUUACAUAAUGCAUGCAAUGCUGUGUAAACAACAUUAAACAACAUCUUUCUCAUACAACUCUGACAUUUUAGUGGAAGUAAAUGCUCUUUUUUGCUCUUUUUUCUUUUUAUUUUAGCUGCUGCUUUACCUGUCUACUUUAUAUGGAGAAGCAGCACACCUUAGGAUUGGUGUUCCAGAAAACUAUGAUGGUAUUUUCCCUUGGUACCUCACCAAGGUGAGUUCUUCCCAAAAAGGACAAACUGAUACUGUUGCUCUAAAUCUGAACAGACUACAAAUCACAGACUUUAACUGCAGACUUACUUUAGGAUAACUUUUUAGGCCUUUCCUAUAGAAUCUAAGUCUUGUCUGAAUUUC